AUGAAAAACAAUUCUGUGAAAUUUAAACAUAAUGUACCUAAAUCAUCGACUACAUCUGUAAUAUCAGAAUUUUCAUGUGAAGAAUCACCAAUGCCUAAUGCAUUUCAAUAUUAAAGCUUUACUCAUGCCUAAACAAUCUCAGCUAAAUUAAAUAAAACAUCUAUCUACAAUUAGCAGAAUAUUAUCUUUAAUACUCCAAGAUGUCUUGCAGUUCCUUAUAAAGAAAUUGUAUUUAUAUUUAAUUAUUAAUUCUAGGAAAGAGAUGAAGUAUUAUCAAAAACUCCUGUGAAUAGAGGAUAUUAGGGUUGUAGUAGAAUUGGAACAAAUAAUUUGGAACCUGUAACAUUUUCUGAUGCUCUAAUUAAAUAAUCUAAGUAUACAGAGGAGAGUUUAAGAAAAAUAUCUAAAUUGGAGAAGUUUUUAGAGAAAUAAAAAAAAAGUCAAUAAAAACCAUUUCAUAUAUUAUCAAGUGAAGAAACACCAAAAAAAUUAUAAAGUCAUAAUUAUAUUGAGGGUUUGGUUUAAAGAAAAGAAAAUUAACCUAAAUAGAAGUAAUUGGAUCCAAAAAUAAAUAAGAAAUUUCAUUAAUUGAUGGAUGAUCUAAGAAUUAUAAGAAAAGUAAAUAUAAAAUUAAUUAAAUAGAAUAUUUAAUAUUUUUCUGCUUUUGAUGGUUCUUAUUCUUAAUGUAGACAAGAUUUAAAUAAUUUUGUAGCAUUGAAAUAAUAAAAUGGUAUAUUAAUAAAUAAUGGGAAUCAUCUUUCAAGAAUAGAACUUAUAAAUGAUACAUUUAGAACUGAGAGAAUUUGUGAUUUACCUGAACAUGAUGCAAAAUUUCUUUCAUUUUGUAUUUGUGAUAAGAAUUUUUCAGAUGAAAUGAUUAUCACAGGUACAGAUAAGGGUAAUGUGAUGGGAUGGAACUAUUUUAAAAAUCAAGUCUAUCAUUAUUAUGGGUUAAAUAAUUAAUAUAAUUGUAAUUUAUAAUAGCAUUCUUAACCAAUAUUUAUUACUUAAUCUAAAUAAAAUAUCUUUAUUGGUACUAAAAACAAUGUAAUUUUUAUUAUUUAAUUUAGGAAUUAUUAAUUCUAGAUGAAAGAAUGAAUGAAACAAAAUGUUUAUCACUUACUUUAUAAAAUAACAAAAAACAAUUUCUAAGAGCUAACUCUAUUUAAUCUCCAAUGUUACCUAGAUUUGGAAAUUCAAUAAUAGAAAGUCCUUUGACAAAACCCUUAGAUCCAAAUUUAUUCAAUGAAACCAAUUUUUAAUUAGAUGAAGAAUAUGAUUAAAUAAAAGGGGAUAUGGAAGAAGAAUUUCCUACUUUUAAAUAAUUAGAUGAAUUAUGUUUGGAAGAUAUUUAAAUGAUUAAAUAUAUUGAUGUGAAUGAUUAUAAUGUUUUAGUUACUAUGACUAAUGGUUUUAUACAUUUAGAUAUUAGAAAUCCAAAAGUAGAAUAAUUUAGCUAUCAAUAAAUAAGUCAUAAUUCAUUAAAAGCAUUAUUCAGUCCUAGUAAUACUAAUAACAUCAUAUAUUCAAGUUUAAAUACUAAUGAAUGUUUAUUAUGGAAUUUAUAAAAGAAUGAAGUACUAUUUCAUAAGAAAUUGUAAAGCAACCCUUUAGAUAUGAUAAUUUCAUAAGAGACUAAGGAAAUCUUAUUCUUACAUUAAGAUAAAAAUGAUUCUAUUGUAAAGAUUUAUAAUAAUUCAUAAUCAAAAAUGAGAUAUAGUGAUGAAUUAUAUGCUCCAAAUUUUAAUAUGUAAAAUAUUCUUUUAGAUCAAUAAAAUUAAAGUCUUUAUGGAAUUGGACCAUAUUCAUUAAGAACUUGGAAUUAUUAUUAAUAAAAAGAAAUAGAUUUAAUUUAAGAAGAAAUGAGACAUUAAUUGGAAUGUUUAUAUUGA